AUGCGGAGGAGGUUCGAAACGACAAUUUCCAGCGCCUGGAAUACUACAAUCGAAAUAUGGUUAUCCAUGGUUAAUAGGUUAAUUUUGCUUCAUCACUCUCCAAGGGGAUCGCCUCGCUACUUGGUUUGGAAUCCUAUGAGCAAGGAGUCAAUUUGGUUGCCUCGUCUGAGACCUGGUCUCCAAGUUGACUUUAUUGAACAAGCAUUGCUGUCCAGCAGCUCGUCUCUGGUACUUAUAUUUAUGGGAGAGUUUCCUUUAAUCUUGUAUUGCCAUGUUGGUGACAAAGAGUGGAGCGAAUUCAACUAUGCUCAAAGCAUCGAAGCUCAAACAGGUACUCCUCUACCACAAACAUAUCACUUAUGUGGUGCUGUCGACUUCAACGGAGCGAUAUACGCCACAUCCUCUUGUUAUAGGGAUUUGGUGCAGAUUAAUAUUGAUGACAACAAUAACUGUGAGACGCUUUUGUUAAUGCCCGAAGAAGAUCGAGCAAGACACCUUUUUAACCGAUUCCUUCAAAUAUUCUCACGUUCAUAUAGAACCUUUUUGGUGUCGUUGGGGGGUCAUCACCUUUGUCUAAUCCUCAUGUUACCUAGAUAUUAUGAUAGGUAUGAAGAAGAGCUAUCAGUAUCAAUUUUCAGAUUUGAUUUCUCUACAAAUUCCUGGCAACAAAAGACAAGUUUGAAUGGAGGAGCAGUUUUCUUGUGCCAUGAUUACUGCCUUUACAGCAGUCAAGGUGGAGCACCGUUGGAUGUUGUUGGCUCAAACGGCAACAAAUGGAGUUACAUUUAUUUUAACCUUCAAAAUGGCCAAACCUUGUUCUCCUACAGGGUUGAGGAUGAGAAGUUAACAUCAUAUUCUCUCUGUCCCCCGAUGGCGGAAGAUGAUUGGAUUUCUCAUUGGAUUAUGCCUCCUGCCAUUCCUCUUGAUGUUCACAAGCUUAGUACUACUUUCACAUACCCUUCAAAUCACCAGCAACAGCAGGAUGCGCAUGAUUGCUCCAGCGUAGUUUUUGGAGGAAUGGCUUAUUUUUGGAGAAGAAGUGCCACCACUACUAAGUGGAGGUUGCUGAUGAAACAGCAUGGAUCAGUUACGGUCAUACAUGAUGGCGGGAACUCCUCAUUGUGCGACCUGUCACCAGAGGUACUUGGUUUGAUUGCUGAAAAUCUAUGUUUUGUUGAUUACAUGCAUUUUCGUCUGGUCAAUAAGCUCUGUGCCUCCAGCACUAUUAGGAUGAGGUUGAAUCCCUUCCCUCCAUGCUUGAUAUACAAGGAUAGGAACAGCCAUGUCUACAAAAUACUAGAUUCCGACCUUAAUCAGAAACUUUGUGUGAAAAUUCCUCAUGUCUUAAAAGACUACAUGAUUCGUUGCUCGGCAAACGGUUGGCUACUCUUGGAAAACGAUCGAGAUUUGUUUUUUUUUAAUCCAUUGAGAAUGCAAGCACUCCGAGCAGGAUAUGCACCAAUGAGGGAGCAUGGAGUUUUGAACUAUACCUUUAUAAAGAAGCCAUCUUCUUCUUCCGAUUGUUCAAUCCUAGCAUUGUUCAAUUAUGGUAAUGGUGCUGGAUCAUACUCUACUAAAUACAUUUCUGAUCCUAUAUGGCGUUCAUUCAUGGUGCAAGGACAAGGUUUUGAACAAUUUUUCAAUAAAGGUUGCAACAGUCCAGUAGUGGUGGACGGGUUUUGUUACCAUUUGGGUGUUAAUGGGAUGCUUAGGCGUGGCCAAUUGACCCAAGAUAAAAAAUCCAUCUUCCACUGGGAAAUUUUUGAGAACCUCAUCUAUCCUAACAUAAAUUCCUUUAGACGGAAUUAUUUAAUCGAGUGUGGUGGAGAGCUUGUAUCAGUGCUUGUGGAUGACGACAAAGACGACCAAGGAAAAAGACCAUGGGUCCGAGUAUUUAAGCUCAGGGAUCACAAAGAAUGGGUAGAAACCGAUACGUUGGAAGGCUACUCUUUAUACUGA